GUCACGGGAAGCGGAAGUCGCAUGUGCGGGAGGUGGAGGCGGUGAGUCCAACCGGAGCGGAGAAACUCGUGGGGUCCGGGAGGAAGAGCCGGCGAGAUGAAGGUGAAGAUGUUGAGCCGGAAUCCGGACAAUUAUGUCCGUGAAACCAAGUUGGACCUGCAGAGAGUUCCAAGAAACUACGAUCCUACUUUACAUCCUUUUGAAGUCCCACGAGAAUACGUGAGGGCUCUAAAUGCGACCAAGCUGGAACGGGUGUUUGCGAAACCAUUCCUUGCUUCUCUGGAUGGUCACCGUGAUGGCAUCAAUUGCUUGGCGAAGCACCCAAAGAGCCUGACGACCGUCCUUUCUGGGGCAUGUGAUGGAGAGGUUAGAAUUUGGAACCUCACUCAACGGAAAUGUGUUCGUGCAGUCCAAGCGCAUGAAGGCUUUGUACGAGGAAUGUGUACACGCUUUUGUGGAACUUCCUUUUUUACUGUUGGUGAUGACAAAACUGUGAAGCAGUGGAAAAUGGAUGGCCCAGGUUGCGGAGAAGAGGAAGAGCCACUGCAUACGAUAUUAGGAAAGACAGUGUAUACUGGCAUUGAUCAUCACUGGAAAGAUCCUGUUUUUGCCACAUGUGGACAGCAAGUGGACAUUUGGGAUGAACAAAGAACUAAUCCUAUAUGUUCAAUGACCUGGGGAUUUGACAGUAUAAGCAGUGUUAAAUUUAACCCAAUUGAGACUUUUCUCUUGGGAAGUUGUGCUUCUGACCGGAACAUAGUACUAUAUGAUAUGAGACAGGCUACUCCUCUGAAAAAGGUUAUCUUGGAUAUGAGAACAAAUACAAUCUGUUGGAACCCUAUGGAAGCUUUCAUUUUUACUGCAGCCAAUGAAGAUUACAACUUAUAUACUUUUGAUAUGCGUGCGCUGGACACUCCUCUGAUGGUGCAUCUGGACCAUGUCUCUGCAGUGCUUGAUGUGGAUUACUCCCCCACUGGGAAGGAGUUUGUGUCUGCUAGUUUUGAUAAAUCUAUUAGAAUAUUUCCUGUGGACAAAAGUCGAAGCAGGGAAGUCUACCACACAAAGCGAAUGCAGCACGUGAUCUGUGUAAAAUGGACUUCUGACAGCAAGUAUAUCAUGUGUGGAUCUGAUGAAAUGAACAUUCGCCUGUGGAAAGCCAAUGCUUCUGAAAAGCUGGGUGUGCUUACAUCACGAGAAAAGGCAGCCAAUGAUUAUAACCAGAAGUUAAAGGAGAAGUUUAAACAUCAUCCUCAUAUAAAACGAAUAGCUCGUCAUCGACAUCUGCCCAAGUCCAUCUACAGCCAGAUUCAGGAGCAGCGCAUCAUGAAGGAAGCCCGCCGACGAAAGGAAGUGAAUCGCCGUAAACAUAGCAAGCCUGGAUCAGUGCCAAUUGUGUCAGAGAGGAAGAAGCACGUAGUGGCAGUUGUAAAGUAAUAUUUGGUAUUCCUGCUAAUCCUGAUAUGAAGCUGUUUACUUUUGACUUGGUGAUUCUGCAAAUAAAAGCGCUCUGUUUAGUAGUAUUUA